AUGACUUCGAUAAGAUUUUUCCCAUAUAUAAUUAGUCAGUAUUUCUGGGUAGUAAUUAUAUGUCUCCCACUCUUAUACUAUGCAUUUCCUAGGUCAAACGUGCAAACAAAGGAAUUUUCAAGCAUAACAAAUUAUAAAUUCAACGAAUCAUUCAUACCAUCAUGGUUCUUGCAUGGAACUGAUUUACAUGUCAAUUCAAUUGGAAACUCUAGCUAUUUAAGCAUACUAAAACAGUUAAAUGAUUCAAUUAAUCUCUUUAAACCAAAGAAGAUCCUUCUAACCGGCGAUUUAGUCGACAACAGGAAUCCAACAGGCAAAAGACCUUUUACAACAAUGGUUAAAAAAGAUUGGGAUACAUAUUCUGAAAUUUUAGAAAAAUUGAACCUUACAAAUGAUCCACGUCUUAUACAAAUAGCAGGAAAUCAUGACUUCUACGAUCUACUCAGAUAUACGUCCUCUCAGCAUUACGGAAAUGGCAUAAUUUACAAUGAAUCCACAUUUCAACUCAACAGAAAAUCUCUUGACAUGGACGGUGUCAAAUCAUCUAUUCUUGCCAUAAACCCAUACAAUUUCCCUGUUCCUGUCCUCAGAAUGACGUGGUUUACUUCUCCAAAAAAUGAAGUCCUCAAAAACGUGGAGAACGCGAUUUCCGAGAACACAGAUGACAUCCAGAUUCUUCUCCAGCACCAUCCAUCAAGAAUGUGGUUCCCAAAUACCUUUACAAAGAAUAAUUAUCUAAAUUUCCUUAAAACGACCAAAAAUGUCAGAUUAAUACUUUGUGGCCACAGGCAUCCAAAGGAUCCAGUCAUUUCCCACUUCGGCGAUGUUCUAGAAGUCGUUGGAACACCAUGGUUCAGAUAUCCUAAGAAAGUUGGCUUAAUUUCAUACGACAACAGAAGAAUCUCAUACCACGAGGUCGAUAUAUCCAAAGGCCAUGCAGCAAUCAUGACUUAUCCCACUCCGGAUUCACAAAUUUCGAGUCUUGACGAUUUCUCUCAAAAUCAGUUUAGCAUCAGAGCGAUAUCAUUUGGAAAGAAGUCAACGAACCUUUCUGUAUCAGGAGAUGUCAAUGGAACUCUUUCUUGUGACAAAGAAAUUGAGAAAAACGUUUAUUUGUGUCACUUUUCUGUCAAUUUGAAAGAUGGAAAAUAUUUUGUGGAAAAAACAGGAGAUUGGAGUGGAAACAUCACUUUCACAGUUGGAAAGACCAUCCAAUCAAUGGAGGAAUCGAAUUAUUUGUCGGAACAUUCCAUUUCUUAUAUUUUCUUUUCUGUUUAUUUCAUUUUGAUUUUUAUAGUUUUCUUUUUCGUUUUCUUUGUUUUCCAAUCGAAAGCAGAGAGUGCAGAACAAUGGAUUACAGGAAAUGAAAACAAUUCUCAUUGGUUGUUAUCUUUAUGCUGUGGUUUCUUAAUUGUUAAUUCAAGAAUUUGGAAAUCUCCAUUAUUUAUAAGAUAUUUUUAUUUAGUUCUUAUUUUUUGGCCUGUUUUGUUGCCAAUCGACUUCUUCUUGAUAGAAUCAAGACUUUCUAUGAUUUGGAUCUUCGGAUUCUUGUCGAACAAAGCAAUUUUAUGCUUUGAAGGUUGUUUCUUCGCUUUGAAAUACGUUUUGUUUGUGACAAUUCCAUUUAUUUUGAUGAAUUCUGCAAUUUCUGCUGGAAACUGCAAGUCUUACUUCCACAUUGUUGAGGUUUUGGCUUAUUUGGCAUGUUUAUGCUACGCAUUAUACACUUGCUAUUUGUCUUGGGAUUGGUUUGGACUUGGAUCUGCUUUGACUUCUCCUUGUUUCUUGAUUCUUCCGAUUUUGUCUUUGGUUUUCACUUCAAGAUAUGAAAUCAAGGAACUCCUCAAUCCAAAGGCAACUUAUGACACAAUUUAG